AAAAAAGGUCGAUUCAUUUUGAAAAAUUUCUCGCAUUGGAAAGAAAGAAAAAAAAUUGCGCUUUCGUCAUCUGGAGAAAUAGAGAGAGGGAGAGAGGGGGGGAGGAUCGUCCUGAUCUGCGCUGCUGGGAAAAUAAUUCACUCUGACCCGCAUCGGGUUUUUUGGGAGGUGUAUAUAGAUAUAGAUAGAUUAUAUAUGUAACGAAGGCGGCGCGUACCGCUUUGCGCGCUCUCUCUCUCUCCCUCCUUUUUUUUCUUUUAAAAUUUUAAAUUAGAUACUUUGUAUCUCUUGUGCGCAGGCCGCGCGCUCCGCGCUACAUUUUUGCGUUUGAUCUGCUCUGAUGCGCGACGGUUUCCCGGGUCUCGCCGUUAGCCGGAGCGCUCGGGGGGAGAGGAGGGAGAAAGCGAGAGGGUGAGGAGAAGGGGACGAGCGUGACGAGAGCUCAAAGCGCUGGACCCCACGAGCCCGUGUAGCCGUGGCUGACCCCCAGCGUGGCCAUGAGCACUCAGGAGGGCCCGAACGCCAGCGUGAAGAAGGGCGACACGCCCAGCGAGCCGCUUUCCCCCCAGACCGCCACGGCCGCCUCGCAGAAGACCGCCGGCCAUCAGGUGAAGUCCGAGCCUCGCCGCACGUCCACCACCUCCACCAGCAACGGCAAGGAGAGCGAUGGGAACCUUCCUGCCGAGAUCUGCGUGGUCAUCGGGAGUCCUCGCAAUUCCCAAACGCAGGGCUCCUACGUCUGCCGAGUGUGUGGGAAGAAGUACAAGUACUACAACUGCUUUCAGACGCACGUCCGUGCUCACAGAGAGUCGGAGAGCGCGGUGCCUGCGGAAGCGGCGCCUCACGGCCCGAACAAUGCUUUCCGUUACACGUGUGACAUUUGUGGGAAGAAGUAUAAAUACUACAGCUGUUUCCAGGAACACCGGGAGCUGCACGCAGUCGAUGAUCCCUAUGAUCACGUGAUUCCGGUGGAGGAACCGAAGGAGGAGAUCGAGCACUAUCAGAAAAUCGGACCAAAAACCGGGAGCUACACGUGUGAAUUCUGUGGAAAACAAUAUAAAUAUUUCAACCCCUAUCAGGAGCACGUGGCCCUUCACACGCCAAUGAAAAGCUCUUUCGCUCUGAAAAUUGACGGAAAAACCUCAGUGCAGCCGAGCCGCGGAGACGCCAACAGCUCCCAGAGCUCGAGCGAUGCCACGAGCCCGAUGGUGGCCAGCUCCUUCCCUACAUCUCAGAAGGCCUACACGUGCGGAUCCUGCGGCAUUCAGUUCCAGUUCUACAGCAACCUCAUGGAGCACAUGCAGUCGCACGCCGCCGAUAACGAGAAUCACACUAAAGAAGACUCGGCUAAAGCAUGCCCAGCCCCAACACCUUCUCAGGAGCAGACAUGGAAAUCGCCUCAGCCUGCCCAGAGGAACCACAUCCCGUCUGCAUACCAGAACAGAUUACUUCCGGAGAAGGAGCGGCAGCAGGUGGCUGAGCGCUUGUUGCGCAUGAUGUGUAAUGAUUUGGGUCUGCUCGGUGUACUCAGCAGCAAGGACUUCCUCAAGCUAGCCCAAACUCUAGUGGACACCGGCUCCCGCCAUGGCGCCUAUUCCAUCCGCGAUGCCCUUGGAGACAUGAGCACUUUAGCCAUGAAGCAGCUUCCCCGCAUGUACAACCAGGUCAAAGUGAAGGUGACCUGUGCACUAGGGUCAAACUCCUCCUUAGGUAUUGCUGUGACCUGCCAUUCUCAGACUGUUGGGCCUGAUUCCUGCUAUGUGUUAACAGCGUAUCAGGUCGAAGGGGUCCGGCUUCGACGUUACGUGCUAGGAAUUAAAGAGGCUUCUAUAAGGGAGGGACCAGAGCAUGUCCAUCACUGGGUCCAGAAUGUUCUUUCAGAGUUUGUCAUGUCAGAAAUUCGCACAGUCUACGUGACAGAGCCACGUUUGUCACUGUUACCUAGUUGCGGCAGGUCCAGCCUUAGCUUGCGGUGUGCUGGAUGCUGCCUGUCAGCCACUAUUCAGGCAGUCCUUGGGCGUCGCAGCCUUCAGGCCCGGGGCCUACAUGAACUUGGAGAACUUCUGGCAACAUGCCGUGACAUCGCUGGAAGUAGUAGCUUUAAUCGAGACGGCAAGGCCACAGAGGAGUCUUCGCCGCCACCUUGCUGGGAUUUGACAGCUGAGGCACUGCUCAAGGUCCAUGAAAAUUUUGAGGCCAUAUGCGAAGUUUACGGCCGCUGCAAAAGCACAGCACCACUUCUGCAAGGCCUUAACAAGCACCUUCUCAGCACACUAGCCUCCCUGCUGGCACCAUUGCGCCAGGCAGCACAGGAGCUGGGGGGUGAUCGUUGGCCCACCCUUCAGCAGGUGCUGCCUUCUUAUCUUCGCUUGGAGAAGCUUUUUACCUCGAAAGCCGGAGAGGCAGGUGCUGGCAGCAAACUCUGCCACUACUUUCUAGAAGCAUUAAAAGAAAACUUCAAGGUUGAGCGAGUCCACCAAGUGGCUAUGAUUCUGGACCCACAGCUCAAACUCCGACCAGUCCCUGGAUACCAGCAUGAGGAAAUUAUCUCCAGGGUGUGCGACAUGGCUGUCAGUAUGAAGGAACCAGCGAGCGGAGGCCCGUCUGGUAUCUCAGGAGAUGAGAGGGAUACCGACGGGCCAGCCGCUCCCAAGCGAGGGCGCAUGGACUGUGGCAUAGAAAGGCCAUCUUGUGCUGCUGAGGAUCCACAGGUUCGGAAGGAAUUGUUCCAGUACCUGGGUGAACCACUCUUCCAAGCCACAGGGGAUCUCUUCCAAUACUGGAGCUCCGUUAUGGACAGAUAUCCCAAGUUGUCUCGGUUGGCUUUGUGGCUCCUGGCAGUACCCGCCAUGGGAGUCCGCAGUGAAUGUGUCAGCAUCUGCGAGCAGACCUUCGCUCUCAAGAGGAAGCGGGAGGUCACAGCUGAGGAAAUGAACAAACUUGUCUUCCUCAAGUGCAAUUUUGCCUGAGGUGGAGCAAGGCUACCAGCCAGCACUACUGACUUUUUGUGAAAGACACACUAAGGUAUUUAGUAUCUAGGCGCUGGUCUAUGUUUACUUUGUAGCUUCUUUACAUCAUUGGUUGGAACUCUUAAUUCUGGAGCAAAAACCUAUUUCUGGAUCAACGUCUACGAGCGACGUGCAGUUAAGGAGUUCUUUUUUUUGCGGACGACUGCUGUGGAGCAAUACGUAAUCGAGCAGAUAUCACCUACACACACACCUCAAACCUCAACUUUCUACUGCCCUUGUUAACCUAGCAGCGAAAAAAAAAAAAUCGAUAAGCCCGGAAAACGUGGAUAUAAACUUUUGUUGUCAAUGCUUGAAUCAUCUAAACCAAAACAUGGACACACUGUAUGCAUCAUUUUAUGUCCUUUUUUAAUUAGUUUCUUUCUCUGUUUUUUAUUUUUAUUUUUAUUUUGUUUGUUAGACUGCUAGACUGUUCCUCUUAUCCUUUACUUUUCCUGCUUGAAUUGUCCAUUUUUUUUUCACCUGCGCUGCCAAAAGAUCAUUUAACCUACUUUGCUUCUAUCGCUGUGCAAAUGACCUCCUAGUUAUCAGGUCUUGAAAAUGAUUUCAGGUAUAACCCCGUGUCUAUUUCUUAUUUAAGUGUUUUUAAUCGAGAGUUCUUCACUGGGUGCUCACUUUCACCUGUUUGACUAAAUAAUUAGGUGUUUUUAAUAUAUGCUUCGUAAAAUCUGUAUUUUUAAUGGUCCGUGCUGAUAGAAGACACCGCGUAUUGCACAGUUUCGAAUCUACAUAUGCAUGAGGAAUCAAAUAUUAAAAUUUUAUUCUAAAUGCGUCACUCUUGUCGCAGUCGGUGCAUUCAACCCCCUUCCGAGCACAGCAGGGUCUACAACCUAUAGAGCCUACAACCUGCUCUGAAGAUCACGUACAUGAAUUCAUCAUCACAAUCUACAUGAGGAUGAUUAUCUUGGCUGUGAGAUUGCGUCGAUGGACACGGAAUAGUUUAUAUUCUGAAACAGAUGUACCGUGUAAUCAUUUUCGCAGCCCUGGCUCAGGCGGCUGCGGUAUGUAAACGAGCCGUCUACGCAAUUCCAAAAUGGUUUUUCUUGUACAGAAUUUCCUUCCUGAUCUCGUACAGUCCAAACUGGAGAUUCUGUGUGUUUUUUAGAGUAAUGGCGCAUGAACGAUUGGGGGGAGGAAAAGAAAAGAAAAAAAACAGAAAAUGCCAGGCCUGCUAACCAUCGGAAGCUAAUAUUUACAUAGAGAUCGCUUGAGAUAUAUAUUCGAACAUUUUUAAAGAGUUCUUCAGGUUUGUUAUUUGUUGUUUUGUUUUUUCUUUGGGAGAAACACAUUUAGGGUUCUAGGUUCUACGUACGUAAAACCAUUAAACAUAGGAUCCAAGUAGAAGCGUUUUGGAAAACUUACCUUUAUACAUCCAAAAAAAAACAUUUUUAAACCUAAGCAACUCUAUGUUAAAGAGUGUCAUAUCGUAGAUCAUGGAAAAAAAGUUGGACCUUUUGAGCAAGAGCUUUAACCCUGAUACUACUGUACUGGAUACUGCUUUAGAUUAAUACACUACAUUUAACAAUAACUCUUUUGAACUGUUGUCCUGACUUUGUGUGGUGGUCUGGAAAACACUGCAUAGGAUCAAAUUCUCAUGUUUUUUCACAAGAAAUAACAGAUUUUUGUUUGUUUUGCAUGUAUGCAUUUAAUCACCAAAAGUGAAAAGGAAGAAAUUUGCUUUUAAAGAUUUAAUUCCAACUCUGGCACAUUAUGGAUGUUUUAACAGCUUGUAUCUGAUUCCAAUCUAAACUGUUUAAGCAUGUGUCUGGGUUAGUGUGGCACGCGUCUGACCAACAACUUCAUCAAAGAGUAAAAUUUAGCAGUGUUUUAAAAACGCUAAACAAACACGAUCGUUGCAGGCGGACACAAAGGCAAGUAGACUAAAUAAUAAUUUUAAAAAAAAGUUAGUUUGAAUUCAAUUUGUUUUCUUAAAGGUAUCAAAGCAAGCGGAACAAAAACAAUUUGUUCAAACAUAAAAGGAAUUCUCAGCCACGACAACAAGAGCAAAGUGGUUUUCCCAGACCGCCAUGCAAAUACAAACGGCAUUAACACGUGAACUGGCGCUGUUUAGUAAAAACAUGGCUGUCAAGAGUGUUUAAACAUCUUUUUUUUUAUAGUUCCGAAUUUAAAUUUCAAAAUCUUUAUUAUGAGAGGACGUUCUUGACUAAGAAAGGUUUGACUAUAUAUACUGUAUCAACACUCUCAUGCGUAUUAAGAGGGAGGGAUUAUUAUUAUUAUAUGUAAUAUUUUAUUUUUUAUUUUUUUUCGUUGGCAUUUACGUUCUUAGACUUUGCGUUCUGUGUUAAAAUGCCAAACAGUUAACGCAAGAAGACUUGUUUCAGUUCUGAACGAGUGGAUGGUUUAACUAGAGGGCAGCUGCGUUAGUUCUGGGCGGAACCGCCAUGUUUUACAAAACUUUCAUUGUUCUGUCUUUAAUGCACUGGAUUACUAAAAACCAAAUAGAAAAAUAUUAUAAGUAGUUUCUUUGAUAAUUAAGAAUGGAUUGGAGAGCUUAUUGAACACCUUCCCAAGUGAAUAUCAUGACCGCGCUUGAUCGUUUCCCUUCGGUCUCGUACUUCCUUGUAAACUCCAGAGCUGUUCUGAAGAUGUACGGACAUCAUGGAUGUUUCCUUCUCUCGGUGUAUGUAUGUAUGUUUUGCUUGGACAAAGUUUCUCCAAUCUCUUCGAGCUUGAGUCGAGCUGGAUGAGGUUUAUUCCUGUUCUUGUUGUGUUUUCCUCUCUCUCUCUCUUUCUAGCCACAAGAUGGUGCCGUUAAGCUCCUGCUUUUUGGUGGGCGUGGCCAAGCUCCUUACCUCUUUUUGUAUACACGACUUUGAUAACAGAGUUCAUCAGAAUUCAGAGAUCAGUACUGUUUUAUUUUCUGCCUUUAUGCAUCCAGGGGAGAACGUAUUUGUUGAGACUGCCAAGGAAGUAUCAGAUUGUUCUCAUCAGCAUACUCACAUUUGCAAUAUUUAAAUUUAUUAAAUAUAAAAAUACAAAAAAAAUGUACUCUUAUUUUAGGAACCCACUAUUUUUUUUUUCCUUCAUGCUACGUGCAAAAAGAAACAGAUGGUUGCUUUUUAGUUCUUUAUUUUAUUUUAGUAGUUUUUUUAUGAUUGUGUAUGAUCUGUUUGAACAGUAGGUCUAAUUUAUACUUUUUUAGCAGCACUAUUUUUAUAUCUAUAUAUAUGGUUAACGAUAGAACUUUAACUCCUUACUGAUUCUCAGUAGUACACCAAGCGCUGUGCAGCAUCCUCAGAAUCUAUCAUGUACUGUGUGAAAAUAAAACGUACUGAAGCAGAAA